AUGCGAGUGAGGUAUGCUAGGAAGCGUGGUAAUGAGUAAUGGUGUUAUUCAUGUCCUGCCAGAGUGAGAGGGGUAGAGGAGUGAUAAAGAGGUGAACACUAGAUGAACUGCCAUGAGAGGCGGAGGUAGCUUAGUGGGUAAGAGCGUUGUGCCAGUAACCGAAAGGUCGCUGUUUCUAAUCCCUGAGCCGACUGGGUGAAAAAUCUGUCGAUGUGCCCUUAAGCAAGGCACUUAACCCUAGUCGCUCUGGAUAAGAGCGAUGAAUAAAUGACUGUAAUGUAAUGCAGGUAAUGAUGUCCAACAAAAUAGAGGGAGGAGGAGGAGGAGGAUAAAGGAGCAGGCGGAGGAGGAGGAGGAUAAAGGAGCAGGCGGAGAGGGAGGAGGAUAAAGGAGCAGGCAGGAUAAAGGAGGAUAAAGGGCAGGAGAGGAGAUAAAGGAGCAGGCGGAGGAGGAGGAGGAUAAAGGAGCAGGCGGAGGAGGAGGAGGAGGAGGAUAAAGGAGCAGGAGGAGGAGGAGGAUAAAGGAGCAGGCGGAGGAGGAAGAGGAGGAGGAUAAAGGAGCAGGCGGAGGAGGAGGAGGAGGAGGAUAAAGGAGCAGGAGGAGGAGGAGGAUAAACGGAGCAGGGAGAGGAGGAGGAGGAUAAAGGAGCAGGCGGAGGAGGAGGAGGAGGAUAAAGGAGCAGGCGGAGAGGUGGGGGGAGAGAGCAACAUAAUUCACAAACUCACUUUGAUUGCGGUCAAUCUGUGAAUGAUGUCGUAAAAAUGUGCGACCAGGUUGCCAAAAAUGUGUCUGUGUGCGUGCAUGAUGGUGAUGGUGGUGGGCAGGGUUGUAUUUGGAGUGCUAGGGGCGUCUAGACCUAGGGGAUAUGUAGCGGUUGAUCUGAAAUACAGAAAGUAUAUUUUCCUCAUGUUCAAAUACAAAACUAAAUGGUGUACCUACUGUCCCAAAUGUAUCCACAGGAGGGCGAUAUAUACACUAUGAUCUUAGUUUGCUUAGUUAUUUACAUUUAAGUCAUUUAGCAAACGCACUUACAGUUAGUGAGUGCAUACAUUUUUCAUACUGGCCCCCCGUGGGAAUCGAACCCACAACCCUGGCGUUGCAAGCGCCAUGCUCUACCAACUGAGCUACACGAGGCCUAUAACAUUACACUGAUCUUAGUAUGGUUUCUUGUUACAUUACAUAAUUGAACUGUCUCUCACUUAGUGUUUACAUGCAAUAUGUAUACUUUACUUGAUCUAAUAUAAAUAUGAAACGUUUGUCUGUUUGAUAAAUGCAUAGUCCAAUCUAUAGUCUAUUGUAGGAGGGGGACAUAGUCUGCAAGAAGAAUGUGCAUGACAAUCAUCGAUUUGGUAGUUAACUUGUGUUGCAGAUCAUAAUAUAAUUUAACAUUUAGUCCAAAGCUCUCCUCUGGUUUUGGUUAGUGCAAUCAGGGAUCCUUGGGACGGGACGGGACGAUCCUAAACCCUAACCCUAACUUAAACCCAUACCUUUACCCUAAACUUAACCAUAACCCUUUUCUAACCCUAACCUUAACCAUUUUACAUUUCAACUUCAAUAUGGUAGGGACGUUCCAAGGAUUACGACUAGCACGGGCCCUCUUGGUUUUUUAAAGCCAAGGCAAAGUGAGCAGAGGGCGUCACAUGUAUUCUUGGUAGUUAGAGUCUUUCACCCUACUAGCAUUCCAUGGACCUUUAGAAAAAUGUGAGCUUUUUGAACUACAUUUCCCUACAGUCCCCUUGGCGUCAUCACCGCACUCUGCCUUCCCUCCCACUUUUGUUGGUCCGUGAGGAAGUCGCAAGAUGGCUGAUAUCGCUUGAAAGUAUGUUCCCUUCCUCAACAUGAAGUCGUGAGUGUGGAAGAAAGCGUGGGAGGCACCAUCGGGCGUUUAUUUUUAUUUUUAUUUUUUUUCCACAUUUCAUUUCUCCAAACAUCCAUUUCAUUUCGCGUCGUCUCUGUCCCAGAGUUGUCUUUGAGAGUUGACGCGUCAAGUCACGCCGGGGACCCAGCUAGCUAAAUUAGCCAGCUAGCUACAGCGGUUAACGUUAGCCAGCGAGCUAGCUAGCUAACUAAGUCAUAUUUUGAUACUCCAUCGGCCAGCUAACUAGCACGUAUCAGUAAUUUUAACUAUUCUAACGGUUAUAAUAUCAAUAUACUGUCAGAUUAAGAAUUAAUCGACCGUCAACUUCGAAAACUAAUGCGCAACGUUUCUUCUUCGUGUGAAUCAGGAUUAGGAUUUUGGAGUAAAUCAUAACAUUACUGUAGCUAGCCAUCAUCAGCUGUCAACAUUUAAUGUGUUAUUAGCUAGUUAGUUAGAGGGGUAGCUAAACUCUAGCCGGAGUAUUAGACUAGCUGGCUUUGCUGGCAGUUGACCAAAAUACUGCUAGGGAUGGACACACAAUUGUACACACACGACCAAAUAUAGAAGAUUGGCUUUGCACACUAACUAGUUCGCUAGUCAAGUUGCUAAAAAAGUUAGCUAGCUUGCUUACUUGCUGUUGGGAAGUGCACCUCUCGGCCUGGCCAAAUAGCUUGCUAGGCUAGUUAGCCUUUGCAGGGUUGGUCACUCUUGUCAGAGUUGGGGGUGGCAACAGCUAGGUGCAGCAACAGUCGCUAAGUAAUUCACACAGAGAGGUAAGUUAGCUAGCUGCCAGGUUCUAGCUAGCUACAGUCUCGACCCUCACAUCAGCUAUCACCACGGAGUUCAGAACGUACCCGGAGCCCUCCCCCGGCCAGACCCACCGGCUCAACAACACUGGGAUGGGCGUGCAGGGCUUCCAGGAGUAUCUUGAGAAACGGUGUCCCGGGGCCGCGGUCCCCGUGGACCUUCUCAAACUAGCCCGUACGCCGGGCCGCCAGCCCCCGCACCCCCACCACCCCCAUCACCCCGGCCCUAUGCCCCCUCCACCCCCGGCCCGGAUACUCAUCGAUGCUGACUCCGGCCUACAGCGGCUGUACGGCGGUUACCAGACGGACUGGGUGUGCGGCGGGGAGUGGAACGCCAUGCUGGGAUACCUGGCCGCUCUGUCCCAGGCCUGUCUGUACCAGGGUGGGCUAGAGCUGGUCGUGUGUGUUCAACGGGACCCACUGGGGAAGGAGCGGGGGCCGGUAGUGGGUCGCGCCGGGCGCAGGGGGCAACGCACAGACAGCCCAGCUCAUCGUUUAACCAUGUCAGCAGGAAGGCUACCCGCCUCCCCGCGCAUGGUUCCUGCCCCCGGCCUGCCUCAGCCACUGUGUCCCCUCGCCGUCCGUUCAGAGUGCAUAAACAGUUGCUCUCUAUCUAGUCAUUAG